AGUAUCUGGCUUCAUCAGGCCCUCAAAGGUAUGCGUGACCGUGACGGAAACCCCGUCCAGAAUGCUCAUCUCAUCAGCCUGUUUAACAAGGUGUGCAAGCUGCUCUUCUACAGGAUCAAGCCUGUGUUUGUGUUUGACGGGGGUGUGCCAGCUCUGAAGAAAAAAACAUUGGCAGGGCGUAAAGAAAGGAAAGAACAGGCUGAGAGAGAAUCUCAGAAAACUGCCAAGAAAAUGAUGUCAAACUUUCUGAAGAGUUAUGCCAUGCAGCAGCUGAUGGGAGGAGGAAAAGACAACUCUGAUAGUAUCAGCCUGCCAUUCCCAGUUCAGACUGAACCAGAUAUGUUUGAGUUACCUCCCUUGCCAAUUAGGAAAGACGAGGACCCAGUUGAAACAGAUUCGUCGGAGGAAGAAUUUUAUCAGAGUCACUUGCAGAACUUGAAUGAUGUGGACAUAGAUUCGGCUGAUUUCAAGGAUCUUCCCUCAGAACUGCAGCACGAGAUUUUGACAGAGAUGAAAGAAACGAGGAAGAGGAACUUUUUGGCAAGAAUGGCGGAAUUACCAGAGGAUUCUUCCGACUUCUCCAGUUACCAGAUGAAGAAGUUACUCCACCAGAACAAACUGUCGUCCAGGAUUGAGGACAUUCGUAAAGACAUGAAUGAGCGGCAGACAGGGGAGAUAACCCAAGGCCUGGGAGAGGACUACUAUGGGUCAUGUGAUGUGGAGAGUCGGAGGGUUGUGUCAGAUGAUACCUCGCACUACAUUUUGAUCAAAGGACUCGCUAAGAAGAGGAAGCAGCAUGCGAUGGCAGUGAAGAAGGAAGAAGAAAGAUUGAAUGACCUGAGAAAAUAUUUUGAAGAAAUGGAAGAUGAAAAAGACACUAUCCUGCCUAGUUCAAGUUCACAAGCCUGUGGCUCAGGAAAGAAAAAUGAGGAGGAAAACAAAAUGUCCAUGCUGCCUACUUUAGCUGCAGACAUUUAUGGAGCUGAAGAGCCACAACCAGGUACGUCAGGAUUACAACUAAAACAGGCAGAUUUUCAGUCUGACAAAGGCAUUGUUGUUGUGCUUGAUGAUGACUCUGAUGAGGAUAUCAUGGUGGACGACACAAACCAAGGUUACGCUAAAGAGAAGAUCAUGAACUGGGUCAAGGCCACUCAAGGUCAAGGAAGCAAUGAGACUCGGAUUUCCAUGGCAUCAGGGGAAACUGAUCCAUUGUUUAAUGUGGGUAAAGACAUGACCAAAGAAAACAAUUUAGACUGUGAAAUGAAGAAUGUGAGAACUGAUGACCAUGGGGCAACUGUCAGGAAUGGGCCAAAGGUGAUUGGUGAUAUGAUACAGAAGGAGGAGGUUGUCAUGGAAACGUGUGAAGACAGUGGGUCUAGUACCAAGGUGUCAAUUGUAGAGGAGAAAGAAACUAAUUCAAACGACUAUACAGAAAGACCAUUGGAUAAGGACGGAAAAAAUUUGCAUAACUUGGCACAAAAGAAUGUUAAUCGUCAGAAUUUUGACAAGAAUGAUGAAAGACAGGAAGAUUUCAAGGAGUUGAAUUUUGCAGAGCCACUAAAACAAGGUGCUGAAGCCCUCUUCAGUGAUGGCAAAAUAAAUAAAACAAACUUUUCUGAUAAAAUUAGGCAUCCUCCCGAGAAGCCUUUGUCACAUGAUAAUCUUCUAUCCUCUAAUCAAGUUGAUGUAGAGGCCAGCCUUAAACCAGCUAUCCAAGAAUCAUCUGCUACAGAGGGCAUUGUCACUGCAGAAGGUGUCAGGACAGAAGAGUCUUCACAAAGGGAGGGAACUGUGUCUGACCCUGUUGUUGUUCCUGAUGAAGAGGACAGUGACGAUGAUGGCGGCGAGUUCAUUGAGAUUCCAGAGAUGUCAGCAGACAUCACCUUCACACGGAGCUUAUCUCAGGUCAAUGACUAUGCAGAUGAAGGGUCAAAUGUCAUCCCAACGGAAACAGAAGAGACAAAAAUGGAGGAAGAAGAAAAAGCUGGGAAGAAUUUCAGAGCUCAGUUGGAAGAACUGACAGAGGAUGGAUUUCGAGACUUUCAGUAUGAACUGCAGGAAGAGGCUGUCACUUUGCAGACUGAGCGUGGGAAACAGGCGAGACUGGCUGUGUCCAUAGGAGACCAGAUCUAUGCUGAAGCACAGGAGUUGCUGCAACUGUUUGGCCUGCCUUACCUGGUCAGCCCUAUGGAGGCAGAGGCUCAGUGCGCUUAUCUGGACCUGUCAGGGCAAACUCACGGCACCAUCACUGAUGAUAGCGACAUCUGGCUAUUUGGAGGACGCCGUGUCUACAAGAACUUUUUCAACAAGGGCAAGCUCGUGGAGUUCUUUAAGAUUGAGGACUGCGUGUCACAGUUUGGACUUGAUCGAGACAAGCUGAUCAACAUAGCUCUCCUGUGUGGGAGUGACUAUACAUAUGGUAUUAAGGGGGUGGGGCCUGUCACUGCCAUGGAGAUAAUGGCAGAGUUUCCAGGGCAACAGCAGGAGGGGUUAAAGGCAUUCAAGAAAUGGUGGAGGAAGGCUCAUAAACAGCCGGCUCAGGUCAGUGACACCAAACUGCAGACUAAACUACGCCAGGUCUCUCUGCACGGAGGUUUUCCUGACAAGACUGUGGUGGAGGCAUAUCAUAACCCAGAGGUGGAUCAGUCACAGGAAAGCUUCACUUGGGGGAUGCCUGAACUCGACUCCAUCAGGGAUUUUACACAAGAGCGACUCGGAUGGACGAGGGCCAAGACUGACGAGAUUUUGUUACCCGUCCUCAAACAACUCAACAAACCUUCAACUCAGGGCCGCAUCACCAGCUUCUUUACACCAGAAAUUCAUCCAAAAGUAAGCCGUAAACCACAGAGCAAACGGAUGAAGAAAACACUGCAGAAAAUGAACGAUCCACAAGGUGCUGGCGAGUCUUCUACGUCUAGAAAGACGGCUAAGUCACGAAAACCUCCAAUUAAAAAGGUCUUAAAGAAAGUGUGUUUGUCUGAAAGUAGUUCCUCAGACAGUGAGAGUGAAACAUCUGAGGAUGAAUCUGAUGGUGACUCUCUGGCGGCAGCCAUGUUAGAUGAUGAAUUUGAGGAGGAUUUUCAACAGCCUGAAAACAAAAUAAAAAAAACUCAAAAUUCGAAAACGAAAAAUACAAAAAAUUCGAAGGGAAAAUCCCUACUACGGCCAAAAACAGUUUCACAAUCAGCAACUGCAAAGGAAAAAACAGCACAGAAGACGUCAAAAUAUACAAAAAAAGCUUUGUCUUCUCAUAUGCCGUUGUAACCUCUUUGGCAUGAUAUUAACUGACGGGUGUUUUUUUAUGUAUUUAUUCAAACAUUUGUUCCAUCAUGAACCCACACUGAUGUUAAAUACACUUUAACCUCUAAGUCUUGUGCAUUUAGGUUAAGAAUCUUUAUCGAGGAACAAUAUAUUUACUAUUUACAAAAUUUGUGUAUUUUUAGAAUUUAUGUACAGCAUGAUAAAUUAAGAAUUGCAUUUUGGUAGAAGAUUUCUAUAUGUAUCCUGUGAAAUACGUUGCCGCACUUAGCACUUUGAAUAGUAAACAGUUCUACCUCUAGCUAAAGGUGCAUUUCAGUACCAUUUAUGUAAAUUACCUUUUAAAACAUGGCAUUUCCAUCC